AUGAUCUCAGAUGUCCGAGUCCCCCGAUAUUCUCUUCCGGUCAUGACAGAUAUGACCAAGAACCUUGACUCCAUCCCUUACGAUGUCUUCUAUCAGGUGGCGUCCACCCUCGACUGCCAUGAUCUCAUCCAUCUCAGUCGAGUCAAUCGUGCCCUGCACAGUCUCACCCGCAGCGAGUCCAUUGCGCGCAAAACCCUCGAGGAGACUCUGUUACACACCAAAGAAGGGCAAGAAGCAGAUCGCACCAAAUCCGGCUAUCGUGCCGCUGUCGGCCGUCUCUUUGACAUCAAAGAAGCCCUGGCCACCGCCCAGCCGUAUUCCGCCUCCAUUAUCGCCAUCGGGAGUGCCUUUCUCUACAGUGGCGGCUCCCUCUCGUACAUCUACAACGACGAAAUCCGGGCCCUGGACGUGCAUGGCGCCAGCCAGGUGGAGCAGGUCCUGAACAUCCACGGCGUGCUGCCACGCGCCAUCCCGCACUGUAACCUGCUGCAGGACACUACCCAGGUGUCGCUGAUGCACUACAGCCACGGCGUGCUGGCGUUUCUGGUCGAGAUGGUCGAGCGGCAGGAAGCCUGGCUGCUGGCGGUCGACAUGCGGCGGCGCAGCAGCAGCAGCAGCAGCAGCAGCAGCAGCAGCAGGAACGGGCGACUACGCCUGCGCACCCGACUGCAGUCCACCAAGCGACUGUUUGUUCGCCACAACCAAUCAUACCUGUAUUACGGCACGCACUCGGCGUUGGGCUACCAUGGCUACCCCCAAUGGGCGGUCAACUGCGUCGAUCUGACGACCGGCCAGCAUCUGACCGACAAGCCUGUGGAACUGGAGAACUUUGCCGGCUAUGAGAUUGGCCAAACCGUCUGUUUCGAGGUCCACGAGGAUCACCUGUACGCCGUCUCAACGCUAGUCGAUUUCGAAGAGGAAGAAGUUGACUGGACGUCUUACUACGUGUGGAUAUGCCUGCCCCCCGGCCAUAGCUGUGCCCCCCAGCCCACGCGUACCUGGCGACGCCAGCACCGCGAGGGUCCCAUCAACGACACCUGGUCUGACCUCUCGCUGCGACACGAUGAGGCCACCAAACGGCUGAUGAUCCUUGAGUGCCGUCGCGAGUGGCUCGACGGCGGGAGUGACAACUGUCGUACCUACUACACCCAGCCUCUGCCGUCGCCAUCAGAGGUCCCCCGUGGUAAGCAGCCCGGCUGCGCCUCGCGCAACCCCGUGUCCCUCCCCGAUGAGCCUCUGGCCAAAACCCUGGAUCCGCUGAGCAAGCCCAACUACGAGCGGCCGCGUAAACGCCUGCGCCGGCACUAUCACUCCGAGUACCAGCGGGACGGCGGCGGCGACGACCACACCCCCCGCCGGGACUUCAUCCUGGCCAAAACGAAGUUUCGCACCUACAACCUCUCCGCCUCCACCUUUGUCGACCUCGUCAACGACCCGUGCCCGGACCCCGAGCGCAGCCUGCUCCCGCGAGACCGACUGCGGCUGCGCGUGGUCUCGCGCAAACGCAAGAGCCCCAUCGACGAAGCCGGCGAGGAGGGCCCUAAGCAGCGGCUGUACCGCCCGGAGCUCACCGACGCCGACGGCCAGCCCGUCGCGCACAGCGAGGAGCGGUUCGUCUCGCGCGGCGUGCAGAUGUGGCCGCCGGACGACGCGCCGCCCGAACUGACCGAGCUACUGUGUCCGUCCAAGCGCAUGGGCAAGGUGCGCGCGAUCGCCGACGAACGCUCCAUAGUGUACUCGGUCGACCACGCCAUCGCCACGCCCGGCGAGAACCGCCCCAUCGUGCUGAUCAACUUCGAUCCCUCGCUGCGCCUGGCCGGCCUGCAGCGGUUGUCUCCGGGGGCGCUGCGCGCGCCGCAACCGACACCGACACCAACUGCGGCCGUGGACUUGGAGCGGCCACACGUCGACGAUCUCCGACGCGAAAACCCCGUCGUCCAUGCCACGGUGGGCAAGCGGAGGACGAACCAGGCGGUGCCAUCUGUUCGGGAGGAGCCGGCUAUGUACUUGCGCAUUCGACGUGGCUAUUGGCUUCGAUAA